AUGUUUUUCUUUUUCAAACAGAUCCGCGAUAUCUUCAGCAACUCGCAUUCCAAACAGCAGCAGGUUAUACUCUCGAGAGGCGCUUUCUUCCACUUGCUUGGGUAUUUGGGUAGUUGUGUGGUGAUAUCGCUUGUUGCACAAUCGACGUACUUGUGA